AUGGUGUUGCCCAGCAUCGCGGCCUUCGUCCAGCCGCCGACCCUGAACGAAGCCCUCUCUGGAAUUUUCGGGAGUAUCAGCUUAACGGCAUGGAUCUGUCUCCUAAUCCCCCAACUCCUCACCAACUACAAAGCUCAGAGGGCCGACGCCCUAUCAAUGGGAUUCCUCUUUAUCUGGCUGCUCGGUGAUAUCACAAACCUCUCAGGUGCUCUCUUCACCAACUUGGCGCCGACCGCAAUUGCCCUUGCAAGCUACUUUUGUUUGGCCGACAUCAUCCUCAUAAGCCAAGUCCUGUACUACAAUGCCAAGAAUGCCCGUCUAAACAAUCGCCGCGGCCGGCGAUCCUCCCGCGAGGACACGAUCUCACCCGACUCCACCGAGCACUCCCCUCUCCUUGGCCGGCGCCGAAGUACCUCUCUUGGUCUUCCCGGCUCUCAUCGCCGGGCCGCUACCCAUGAGGAGUCGACCCUUGACCCUCUUCGCAAAGUCAUCACUGGCGAAGACGAGACGCCGGACUCUAACCCCUGGCUCCAUAAUGCCCUCGGCCUGUUCGCCGUCUAUGCCGUGGGCACGCUUGGCUGGUUCAUCUCCUACAAGGCUGGUGCCUGGGACACGGAUCCCAACGUGGGCACCUCACCUCCUCUUGCCGAGGAUGAGCCUGCUUACCAGAUUGGAACCGUGCUUGGCUACAUAAGCGCACUUUGCUACCUCUGUGCUCGUGUGCCCCAGAUAAUCAAGAAUUACCGUGAUAAGUCAUGCGAAGGUCUUGCCCUGCUCUUUUCCUGCUUUCCAUUACUGGAAAUACCGCGUAUGGGCUCAGCCUUCUCACCUACUCCCAAGAACCCAAGUACCUCCUCACGGCGCUGCCCUGGCUUCUAG